AUGAUGGUGGCAGUUUACGAAAUCGGUUUACUCAUUUCGGUGUGGCCUUCCCGAGAUCAUUGGCCAAUCGCACUUUGGGCUGGUUCAGCUCCGCGCAUACUGUAUAUAAGAACCAAUCUAGAUCAGUUUAGAGCAUUCUCUUAUUCGUCAAUCAAGAACAAGGAUAUCAUGAGCGAUCCAAAGCAACCGACGACAGAAGAUGAUAUGGAACGAGGUGUUCCUACUAUUGCUGAAAGUGAUCCUCCUGCAACAAGUUCAGUGAGCCAAAGCAGCAGCAGCACCAAAGGCGAUAUCCCUAUCGAUACCAACGAUCCAAAGAAUUGGCCAAACAGCAAGCGUUGGAUCAAUUUCACUAUUGUAUUUUUCAAUGCCUUCAUCGGCUAUUUCUCUUCAGCUGUUUAUAUGCCAGCAACCGGCGAUCUCGCCAAUUUCUUCCAAACUGAUCUGACGACGAUAAAUGCAACAAUCGCUUUGUAUAUUCUGGCUAUUGGCGCAGCACCACUAGCGUGGGGACCUCUCUCAGAGCGUAUCGGGAGAAGAAUGGUAUAUUUGAUAUCAAUGGGUUUAUACACCGUGUUCACCAUUAUUUGUGGUAUUGCUUCCAAUUUGGGUCUUUUCUUUGUGUUUCGCAUUCUUCAAGGUGUCGCAGCUUCUUCAGGCAUGGCCGUUGGUGGUGGAUCCGUUGCCGAUUUAUUCCAUCCGCAUGAACGGGGUCGUGCUAUGAGCGUUUUUAUGAUCUCGACCAUCUUUGGGCCUGCAUUUUCCCCCAUUGUGGGUGGCUAUGUUGACCAAUACCUAGGAUGGCGAUGGAUCUUUUAUGUUAGCGCUAUGAUUGGUGGCGUUGUCACAGUGGUUGAUUUCUUCUUUUUACGCGAAACGUUGUACCAGCCUACUGAUCCACUUCAAGAAAAGAUCAAGCCAACAACUUACCGCCAAAAAUUGGCUCGCCUCAAAUUCAAUCCACUCAAGAGUAUCAAGUUGCUAGGGCGACCGGAUGUCUUUUUGAUCUCUAUGCAAAUCUUGACUGCAUUUGGCUGCUUCUUUUACAUGGUGACGAUCCUUCCCAUUACCUACGAGACCAAUUAUGGCUUUGAUACUGGUUCACGUGGUCUAUUGUACUUGACGGGUGGUGUGGGCAACAUUAGUGGCAGCACUGUAGCCGGCUUCGUCUCCGAUCGGGUGUAUCGCUAUAAAAUGAAGAAGAAUGGUCACGUCAAAUCGGAGGAUCGGCUCCUUCCGAUGUACAUUGGUGCUCCGUUCCUGGUUCUUGGUUAUAUCCUUUACGGCUGGUUGCUCCAUUUCCAUGUCCAUUGGUUCCCACCCUUGAUUGGUUAUGCCCUUUCAACGUUUGGUUGCAUGUUUACUGUUACCACUGGCAUGACGUAUCUUACGGAUUGCUAUUUGCCAAUUUCUGCAUCUGUUGUAUCUGCUGCCAACUUUUGCCGUAAUCUUGGUGCUAUGAUCUUUUCGCUUCCUGCCGUACAAAUCCGAGGUAGCUUGGGUGAUGGUUGGUCAUACACUCUUGCGGCGUUUAUAUGUUUGGUGGUCUUUGUUGCAUGCGUUCCAACGGUGCACAUGUUUGGCCCACGUAUGAGAGAAUGGGUUGAUAAGCGUACUGCAUCCAAGAAGGCGACGAAAACGACGACGACGACGACUGAGGCGGAGUAA